AUGGAACAAGGUGCACGAAGUGAUCGUCCUGUAGGUGAACAUCCAUCUCGUCAAUGGUCAUCUGAAACUAGUACUAAAAUUUUACCUGAAAUGCUAAAAUGUCCUAUUCAUAUAGCAAUUGAACGAGGACAUAUUAAAAUAGUUGAUCUCUUCGUUCGACAAUCCAUAUUAUGUACACAAAUACGAGAUCCUAUAACAAAUUAUUUACCUUUUGAAUUAGCAGAUUCUUAUUUAUUAUCAGCAACAACUAAAGAAGAAAAACAACGUUAUAGUGAAAUUCAUUACUAUUUAAAAGAUAAACAAUAUAAUUUAAAAAUACCAUUAAAUGCUACUGGUGAAUAUGUUACAAAUUUAUUAUCAUCAGCAACUAGUGCUAAUGCAGUUCAUCAGAUGUCAAUGUUUUUUAAAUAUGUUUCAUUACCAUUUUAUUGUAAAAUUAUAAGUUGGUAUGAACGAGCACGUGAACGAGCAUGGAAAAAAUAUGGUGGACGUUUUUAUACACCAACACAAACAAAACGUGUCUAUCCUGAAACAGGUUUACUUGGUUAUAAAGUAUUAAUUGAUGGUUAUAAUAAUAAAUUUGAAGUACCAAUAGAACAACUUCGAGGUGCACGUUCUACAAUUUUAUCAAAAUCUGAUCAAUUUAAUCGUUAUAUUGGUUUUAGUGAUGAAGAAAGAGAAAAAAUAAUUCAUAUGAAAGCACAUAUGAAACAAUUUGCAUUAGAUGAACGACAACGUGCUAAACAAAUAGCUACUCAAAAUCUUAAACAAUCACGUCGACCACCAUUAUUAUUAUCUCAAAUAUCAACAGAUGUAAAUAAACAUCCAACA